AACCCCAACACCCAAACAGCAAAACAAUGGCGACGAGAGAGAGAGAAAGGGAGAGGGAUCUAGAGCUCCUCAUCCCAGUUGCACCAAGUAACGAAAAUGCAGAUUCCAAAUCCUCCUCCCCAGCCAACUCUCCACCUCCUACCACAUCCCAUCCCCAUCAUACCACUGGCCGCGAGGCAUUUUCAAAAGUCAUCCGCAGCUGGGCCUCCAAGAAGUUUAUGACAGGAUGUGUCAUUCUUCUUCCAAUAGCUAUUACAUUCUACAUCACAUGGCAUUUCAUUAAAUUUGUGGAUGGUUUCUUCUCCCCAAUCUACAAUCGCCUAGGGAUCAAUAUUUUUGGUCUUGGAUUUGCCACCUCCCUCACAUUCAUCUUUUUCGUCGGUGUUUUCAUGCAAUCGUGGUUGGGAACGUCUGUUCUUACUCUUUGGGAGUGGUUUAUUAAGAAAAUGCCACUUAUAAGCUAUAUCUAUGCUGCCUCAAAGCAAAUUAGUACAGCAAUAUCACCAGAUCAGAGCUCUAAUGCUUUCAAGGAAGUGGCUAUAAUAAGGCAUCCAAGAGUUGGGGAGUAUGCAUUAGGAUUUAUCACUUCAACAGUUGUUCUUGAUCAAAGGAGUGUAGGAGAAGAACUCUGUUGUGUUUAUGUACCUACCAACCAUCUUUAUCUUGGAGAUAUUUUUCUGAUUAGUCCCAAGGAUAUUCUGAGACCCAACCUGUCUGUUCGAGAGGGGAUUGAAAUUGUAAUCUCCGGAGGUCUGUCAAUACCGCAACUGUUAACGACGGUGGAAGCACAAGUCCUUACACCAAGAAGAGUUCCUCACUUUGAAGAGCCAAAAGUAUGAUGAUGUUUCGAGGAUGAAGUUCUCAAACUCAAACAAAGUUUUGCAGACGAAGCUUAGAGGCUUGAAUCUAGAUCAGGCCUGGAAUGAAGUGAAGAAACCGUAGCAGAAUCCUGAAAAGCAGUGAAGCCCCUUUAGAAACAAACUUAUAUACAGCUACAACUGAUGCUAGCUUACAUGCUAUAUUUGUUUACAAGGGAAAUACCCCUCUUAAGUACACCAUUUUAUCAAUUUUAAUUUGUAAA